GAUUAGACUGAUCGCUGUCCACAGGUAAGAGUUUCUAGACAACGUACGCCACCAUGAGAACGACUUUACUCUUCCUGAUGGCUAUAUCUAUGGCCACAGCUACUGUCACUCUCACCAACGUUGGCUAUAUGAACCUGGGAAACUGUCAGACGGGGAAUACAAAUUUGUUUGACGAAGGGGCAUAUAAGGCUGCUUUUGAUCCAUCUACCAGACUUCUUUAUGUUACAGGUGAUAAAUGUGUGCGUGUCGUCAGUAUAGAAAAUCCUUCGCAGCCGACCGUUUUGAACACUCGUUUGUUCACCAACGCAAAUGACGGGCGACUGGUAGAUAUAGCUAUGUGUGGAGGCAACGUAGCUGUGCUGUUUGAGAGCGUGUUUGGGUUGACAGAGGGCCAUCUCUACAUGUGUGAGAGAUACAACCCUCUCUCUAAUCCUCCAUUCUACUGUGAACGUUACGACCGGAUCACAGUUGGUGAAUCUCCGAAGAGCAUGACUUUCACCAAAGAUUGUUCAAAGUUACUUGUUGCUAAUGAGGCCCGGGCUGGUAUGUUAAAUGGAGUAUUCACAGAUCCCGACGGAACGGUAUCUAUUAUCAACAUGUCACGUAUCGCAACCAACGAUCCAUGCACCAGAAAACUCUCUUUUAGCCACUUCAACAAUGGAUAUGCAGGUUACCUACAGCAAGGAAUUAGAUGGCCUUACCGUGGUGACCAUAACAACGGCAUAGUCACCCAAUUUUCCCAGGACAUUGAGCCGGAAGAGAUUGCCAUCAGUGAUAAUGGAGAGUGGGCUUACGUGACACUUCCGGAAAACAAUGCGAUGGCGGUUAUCAACCUCCUGAACGAGGAGUGGGACGACAUAUACCCGUUAGGAACGAAGAGUUGGAGUAAUUUGGGACUCGACGCUAGCGAUUUUGAUACAGGUUCAUCGAUGAAUAAUUAUGAGGUCAAGGGAAUGUACCAGCCGACCGGCGCCAUCUUUGUUCGGGCCUCGACAGUGUCUUACGUCGUAACGGCCAACACGGGAGCCCCGAAGAUGUAUACAAGCGAUCAACAAGGGUUCACCUUCACGGACGCUGUCCGAACACAGGAUGCGCUGAAUUCUGGACUCGUAGAUCAAUCGGAAUUAUCAAGCAAUCUGGCAUAUGAUAUGGCUUCAACCAAUAGGUUAGGAAGGGUUUAUAUUAGUAACCAUGACGGCAAGAGUGACAUAAACAACCUUAUCAAAGACGUGCAUUUGUUCGGGGGUCGUGACCUCGGCUUCUACAACACAAACACAAACACGUUUACCUAUACAACAGGCGAUGAUCUGGAAAGAAAGGCCGCCGAAUUUUAUAUUGAAGUGUUCAACGGCGACUGCUCCAACGCAUCAGUCACUCCGGCCGCUGAGAUGGAUAGUAGAUCGACAUACAUGGGCCCGGAACCAAAUGUCCUGGCUAGUGGAGAAUACAAUUCUGUACCGAUUGUAACAGCUGCUACAAGGAACGGACUUAUAUAUGUGUAUUCUUUCUCCUCGAAUACUCCCCUAUUCGAGAGUGUACACAGACUGGGAGACCCUUUUGUGGCGUGGGGUCAGUCGCAGGGUUCUACGGCAGCCGGGGACGGGCUCAUUUCCGAUAUGGGUUACAUCGCUCAAAAUGUUCUCGGAGGAAAUCCUUUUCUGUAUGUGAUCAGCAGAGGAACUGGGUCUGUCAGUAUUAAAGAAAUUGCGAAUGUAUAAUCUUUAGUAUAAUAAAAUAUCAAAACCUUAC